CGGCGGCUACACCUACGUCCAUCGGCAACGUGCAGCAACCCCAGCAAACAGCACCCUCGAUCACGCCGACCCCGACGACUGCCAACCCGCAUUCCGCAGGACCGCCCAGCAGCAAUCAACCGUCGCCCCAUCCCUCGCCCAUGUAUCCCGGGAUACCGCAGCAAGCCGGCCAGCCCAACGGCAGCACGCAAGUGGACAAGGGGGUGCUGGAUCAGAGCGCCGACAAUCAGCAGCAAGUAAUCGAGAGGUGUUAUCCGUUGCCGCCUCAGAAUACCCUGAUGCUGUCGGAACUCCCAGAACCGCCGAUCCCAUUGAGCGAAAUCGGUCCGAUACCGCCGCCGCCGAUGUUCAGCUCACCGAGUCCAACUUUGUUCGCCGGUAGGCAACGGAAGAUCCCGCUCUCGGACUGCGAGGACGAGGAUGAGGAAGACAUCGACGUCGAGGAGGAAGACGUCAGUAUGUACAGCUACAGGUUCUCGCAGCCGGAUCCGGCCAUCGACACGUCCCGCGUCGAGGAGAUACCGGCGAAGGAGCCCAAGUUUCACGCGGUGCCGCUCAAGAGCGUUCUAAAGAAACGGGGCUCCGGAAGCGGGCCCGGCACGCCUCAGAACACGCCGACCCAGGAAAAUAGGCCGCUCACGCUUCGCCAGGAACUCCACGCCUCGUUCAAAAGGCCACCGUUGAGGCCUAGGAUGAGAAUAUGCAGUCGACCGGUCAGAUUUGGCCUCGCUCUGCCCUGCACGCUCGAGAACAAGGAGAACGCGAGGCCGUACGUCAUCAGGGAGGACGCGGACGGCGAUUCCGGCGACGGACAGGUCCUCUACAGGGACGACUACGACGACGAGAAAAGCCGUUUGGCAGCCAAGAUCGCGCGCAAGGAAUCGCUUUCGCUGAAACUCGCCCUCAGGCCGGAUAGACAGGAACUCAUCAACAGGAACAUCCUUCAGCUGCAGACAGACAAUGAGAGACAGGAGACGAAAGAGGCCAUUGGUGCCAAGCUCAUCAGGCGGCUGAGCAUGCGACCGACUCAGGAGGAGCUUGAAGAGAGGAACAUUUUGAAAAAACAAACCCCCGCCGAGGAGAAGAAGCAAAAGGAGGAGAAGAAACGCUACCUUCUGCGGAAGUUGAGUUUCCGACCGACCGUGGAGGAGCUCAAGGAGAAAAAGAUUAUCAGGUUCAACGACUAUAUCGAGGUAACGCAGGCUCACGAUUACGACAGAAGAGCCGACAAGCCCUGGACGCGGUUAACUCCGAAAGACAAGGCCGCUAUUAGGAAGGAGCUGAACGAGUUCAAGAGUUCGGAGAUGGCCGUUCACGAGGACAGCCGACACCUCACUAGGUUCCAUAGGCCAUGACAAUUGCAAUGUGUUGAGGUGCUACAGUGUGGUGCGGGUAUAGGUGAAGGUGCAGUGUGGUGGCCUCGCGUUGAGGCUGGUUGAAAAAAAAAAAUAAAGAAUUGCGGGUAUCGUUGCUUCCGGAUUAAA